CAUACUUGUAACACUCCUUCUAAAAGCUAGCCCCUCUGGACACUUGUUGACAUCUUGGCCCGCCCGGCCUGCAGCUCCUUUUUUUCCUGAGCAUUCGCUGGUGUGCAGUUCCGCCUGAGAUAUCUGCAAUACGUGCCUCCACGUGAUAUAGAGCACUCCAAAACACGUCGCCUUGGUGACACGCAGCGAGGACACCGACAAGCCCCCAAACGCCCAUGGGCCGCCCUGACACGGUGGACGCGGGCGUGCGCGCGGCGCGUCCCAUCACCCAGUCAGACGUACCUGGGGCUAUCGAUGUGUACCGUAGCCAUAUACUCUCGCUGUUGCGGCCCAUCUGGUGGGCAGCACUCAGCACACCCAGCACGCUGUGGCUGCGGGGCUUGGCGGUGCCUCCCUUCAUCUUCUUCUCGGUUUACAUGCAUGUGACGGACAAUCCAGUCCUGCCCUGGGUGUGUGGCGCUAUUGCGGCGCUCAUUGUCCCCUUGCUGGUGGGGGGUUUCGUCCUCCUGCAGCUGCACCUGAUCGCGCGGAAGGGCACGGACAAGGACCUGUCUGAGGACAAGCUGCUUGGCUACUUCAGUGACCAGGGCUGGGGCAAGGGCUCGCGCUUCUUCGUGGUCACCGAGGGAGACCUGGCCAAGAGGGCAGCUAAGCAGGCUGCAGCAGCAGCAGCAGCAGCAGCCGGCAGCAAGGAGGGUGCGCCCGAAGGCGAGGGCGACAACGCGGGUGCAGAGGGCGAGGAGCAGCCGCUGCUGGGCGGCGGAGAGGGGCGGGGCGGCAGCGGGCAGGUGCUGGGCUGCCUGGGCCUGGCCAACAGGGCGGGCGGCCAGGGCGAGCUGCUGUACUUCGCAGUGCGGCCCGGGCUGGCCAAUGCGGAGGUGGUGCAGGACGCGCUGCUGACGGCGGCGGUGGCGGCGGCGCGCAAGGCGGGCUGCUUUGACAGCGUGUACAUCAAGCUCAAUUGCGCUGAGGUGGGGCUGCUGAGCGCAGUGGAGCGGGCGGGGCUGGGCUUGCCGCAGCCCAUCCGCAUCAACGCCUGGUUCCACGCCACGCGGCUGAUGCUGAACGUGCGCGGCGGCCGGCGGUAGCUGACGCGGCGUUGGCGCAAGAAUAGUAGCGGGGCAUGACUGCUCCUAAAACUGUCUGGCUGUGUCGGUGGCUGUGCCUGGAAUCCAGCAUGCAGAGUUGUGGCCAUCAGUAGGGGUGAUGCCAAACACCACCAGGCCACAAUUUGUUCCCGGGGAUACGCUCGGCAUGCUAGUGUGUUUUGUGCAGUACGGUGCAUCUCAGCGGACGUGUGGCCGUGUCUAGGGUGCAAUUGUCGUGACUGUAACACAAGUGACGA